AUGAAAAUCUCUCUGUUAAGUAUCGCUGUAUGCAUGCCCGCCCUCGGGUUUGUCGCAGCCAGACCAACCGCCCAGGCACCCGCCCACUCCGGCACCGUGUAUUCGUAUUGGGACUAUAUUAUUUCUGAGCACUCGCACACCCCUAUCACAAAGAGGGAGUCUCGUAUUGUGCCUGUCUCUAAGAACGAAAACGACAAGUUCCUCGACCGCUGGGCUACAAACUUCAACACCCCCGCUCCCGAGCCCGUUGUGGUUCCCCCGACAACUUCCCGAACUAUAGUCGGCACGCUCACCUCCGCCGCCGACGCCCUCUUCGGCUCGUGGGGCAAGGGUGCAAAGGACUCCGAGCCCGGCCCGUACGCCCACCCCCCGACCCGCCAUACCGACAGCAGCGCCGACCGCUACUCCAAGUAUGCUUCUUCCAACAUGGACGAUGACGCACCGCCCAGGUACGAAGAUAUCUUUGAAACAGACAAUAUCAUGGACUGGAGGACUGCUCCGUCUCACCAGAGUGAUGACGAGACUGCCGGCCCGAGUGGGUAUUCGUAUUUCGCGGAUGACAAGGGGGGAAUGAGUGGAUACUCUUCCUCUUCCAGCAAUGACGAUGAGCCUUUCAAUCCCGACGGGGGCUCGGCUACUAACUACUGGUCUGAGCUUUUAGCGCCAGAGAAGGUCGUGGUCAUGCCCGGGAAUCCGUUGACUGCCGAGGGGUUGGCCGAGGAGAUCUGGAGGCAGGCUGAUGCGGGGCACUCCACGGAAGAGACAAAUUAUUGGAACACUGAGCCAGAAGUCAAGCGCUCUGGUUGGCAGAAAUUCCUCGACUGGUGUAAGAAAGCCUGGAAUACCGUCAAGGGCGUGUUCACCAAAAAGGACUAG